UAUGCUGCCAAUGUCCUGCACUUAUGAGGUUGCAUCACACAUCAGACCAUGGCUGGUUCAUCCAUGACAUGAAGUAUCAGGGGAAACCACGUAGGGAGAAUUCACAUUCAGUAUGCUGCCAAUGUCCUGCACUUAUGAGGUUGCAUCGCACAUCAGACCAUGGCUGGUUCAUCCAUGACAUGAAGUAUGAGGUUGCAGCCGGCAUCGUCUAUGAACAACUUUGUUAGGCAGUACCAGAAAAUAUUGUUCGACCGCCAAUCAGAGGAAGAUUUUCAAGAGAAGAAGACUCGUGUGGGUGGAUUUGUUUUUAACCUUGGAGUGCCACUAGAAUACCAUGCGAGCAAGGUCUAUACCGCAGCUAUGUAUGAGCUGUUUCAACACGCAAUUUACUUUUCAGGGUCAUAUGUGUUACAAGAGGCAUGUCGGACAGAGCUAGGUGUGGUGUACGUCGUUAACCACAUCUAUGCAGAGAGGAGGCAAGCUUGGUCCAGGACACAAUAUCAUGUUCUAUUUGAUCAGGAAUCUGGAGGAUAUUUAUGUGAGUGUGGUCUUUACUCACACAUGGGCAUGUUGUGUUGCCAUGCUAUCCGGGUCAUGCUAAAUCUGGGAGUUAGGGAGAUCCAUCAUGUACACAUCAUGAAGAGAUGGACAAAGAACACUUGUGAGAACCUGCCAGAGCAUCUGAAGAUAUAUCAAGCAGGCAAUUCUGCACUGAAGGACGCAACUUACCGACACUCCAGCUUGUACAGUAAGGCGCUCGAGAUUGUACAGAUGGGGGAUAAGAACACCGAAGCUUAUGGAGCUGCAAUGAAGCAGUUACUAGAUGCAAUAAGUGUUCUAAACGAUACCAACCAGGAGAGUGAUGGGCUAGGAUUACAUGAUCAGGCAGCGGCUCCAGUCCAUGACCAAGAUACGCCUAUUACACCAGGAGCAAACAACUGUCAGGAUCGAUGAAUGUUGUAUCAUGCAAGAGGGAUCGAGGCAGGCCAACAAAUGCAAGAGCAAAGCCAGGUUAUGAAAAUGUCAGCAAACCAAGAACAAAGUUUUGCUCUAUUUGUAGAGGGAGGGGUCAUAAAGCAUCUAAAUGCCCCUCAUAUGGAGGCGCAACAAUGAAGCAAAGGAAAGUCCCAAAAUGUACCAAGUGCGGCCUGGAAGGCCAUAAGAGGAACAACUGCUCUGGAAGUUUGUUCGGCGUCUUCCAAUGAGAAUAUCAUGUUGGAGAUAGCACUGCCCACGGAAUUUGUGAUAUGCCUGGCUUGUGCUUUUUUUUUGCUAGCGAAGGUCUCGUUGUGCUGUUGACAAAUAUGAAAAUUCAUAUUUCCAUGGAACAAUCAGGUUUUUUUGUGGCCAAGUAGUGAACAUGUUUAAUUCAAGACAUGUAAACUUGGCAAUGUUACAGGGAUGUGUAAAGUCUGCCAUUGUACUGGUGUGAGUACAAAGUGCAACUAAAAAUAUGAAUUGGAUGUUCAUUUAUGACAAAAAUUCAUAUGAUUUUUAUUCCA